AUGGCAGACAAAAUCUCCAUCACCAUAUGCGGAGAUGGAGGUUGUGGUAAAUCGUCGAUAACGCUGCGCCUGGUAAGGUCACAAUGGACCUCUGAGUACGAUCCCACCAUUGAAGACUCCUACUCGGUGACUCGAACGGUCGAUGGCUUGAAUUAUUACCUCUCUCUGACAGAUACCGCGGGACAAGAAGAAUACCGAAGUCUCUGGGCUGCCUCGAACCUGCAGUCUGAUGCUUUUCUGUUGGUCUACGACAUUACCAAUGCCGCUUCUCUGGAAGGACUGUCAUGGUUCCUCGACAUGAUCGAUAUUGAGGCAGAGAACAGACUGGAAGAAAAUAGUCGUCUCUUGAGGGAAAAGGGCCCCAAAGUCCGAGGUCGACGAGAAGACGGUUGGAAGUUUCCUCCCAUCAAGAUCAUGGCUGGAAACAAGUGUGACUUGAAAGAUGCACGCGUCGUCAGUAGUAAGGUUGGAUGGGAAUAUGCUAAGAGCAAAGGCUGCGGUUUUAUGGAAACAAGCGCUCGGGAGAUGGUUAAUAUUGAAGAGACAUUUGCCUUGAUCGUGCGCAGAGUCGUCGAAGCUAGAAGGCAAGAUGGCGCUGGCCCCCAGAACUAUCCCCAAUACACUCCCUUUGGCUCCAAGGGUCACACCCUUAAUGUCAGUGGUGCUGGCACCUCUUCCUAUCAUAUGCCUGCUUCGGUGCAGCAGAACCAGCAAUCACUUAACGUCAAUCCUGCGAUGAACGAAAAGUCUGGCUUCGAAGACGACAACAUUCACACGCCUUGGUGGAGACGAAUCUUCUGCUGUGGCUGA